CAUUAACCAGUAAUAUAUAAAGGUUCCAUUUACGCAGACCAAGUAUCAUUGUUUACAUAUAAAGAGUAGGGAUUUGGCGUAGGAAAGCAUAUGGAUAAAUUUCCUCAUCAUUGAAACGAUAAUUUAAUUAAAAUGAGCAAGAUUAUUAGCCUGGGAAUAUGGGCCCUUGGCAUUAUGCUAAUGGCAAGCCAAAAGCAUUCACCAUUGCUUUCCAAUGUGGGAUUAUCUGUGCUUGCAUAUAAAGCAACUGCAUUCUUUAUUCCUCGUGUUGGAGCGGCCUUCAUUCGUCGAGGAUUUUCAGGAAAAGACAUGAACAAAGUUGAGAAGCGCGUGAUUCCAGAAACCAUGGGAGCCGUAUCUUCAAUGGUGUAUUUCAUGUGCAUGAUAUUGUUCAUUCCUGUUUUAUUUUACAAGUACUUAGUCCCUGAACAAUCUAAAAACCAGCCAGAGAAUCCACUUGAAGUCUUGAGUGACGGAUACACUUCGGUAGCUAAGGCCCAGUUUCCGCAUGACCAACUUGGUGCUUACUUGUCUGCUGUCAUUUCCAUUUUGUCUAUUUCUUUACUUGGUAUCUUUGACGACUUAUUUGAUAUUCGUUGGCGUCAUAAAUUCUUUCUCCCUGCGAUUGCAGCCAUUCCUUUACUAGUAGUUUACUACGUUGAUUAUGGAGUCACCUAUGUAUCCGUUCCCACUCUUUUACGUCCCUUCUUUCAACGCUCUAUCGUGGAUUUAGGAUUUCUAUACUAUAUUUAUAUGGCAGCGGUUGCUAUUUUCUGUCCAAAUAGCAUCAACAUUAUUGCAGGUGUGAAUGGCGUCGAGGCAGGCCAAUCCUUAGUGAUAGGUCUUGUAGUCCUUUGCAACGAUUUAAUUUACGUUUUUCACCCAAGCAAUCCAGAAGCUGUGCGUGCUCAUCUUUUGUCCAUCUAUCUCAUCCUUCCUUUGCUUGGAGUCACUGCUGGUCUACUAAAAUACAAUUGGUGGCCUUCUCGUGUGUUCGUUGGAGAUACGUUUUGCUAUUUCGCCGGCAUGGUUCUAGCUGUUGUUGGUAUAUUGGGACAUUUUUCGAAAACGUUGAUGUUGUUCUUCAUUCCACAAAUAUUUAAUUUCAUUCUCUCUGUGCCUCAGUUAUUCGGGUUUGUGGAAUGUCCUCGUCAUCGUCUACCUCGUCUGAACGUGAAGACUGGAUUGCUUGAGAACUCUUACACAGAGUUUGCUGAAGGAGUCCCUUUACCUACCAAGACGUUACUAACAAUACGUUUAUUUGAAGCAUUCCGUCUUAUCCGCGUUGAUUGGGACCAGAAAACGAAAAGACCUAUAAGAUGCACAAAUUUCACAAUCAUCAACUUUGUACUAUAUCAUACCGGUCCUAUGCGAGAAGAUCACUUGACCCUAUGUAUCAUGGGAAUUCAACUCGCUGUUGGCUUGUUUGGUUUAGCUAUACGACAUGGGUUGGCUCCAUUAGUAUAUCCUCAAGACAACAUUUAAUCCCUCAACCGAUUUUCCAAAGUAAUUUUGUGUUCCUUUUGUCUUCCCUUUUUUUGGCCGUAACUUAUCAAGCAAGUUCACCCUCGUUUGCUGAAGUGUUUCUUCCUGUCUAAUUAUUACACUUUACGAGACAGCAAAGAGUUUCCAAAAGAAUCGAUCUGCUACAAUUUAUAUGUCUUUCUUUUUUUCCGUUUUUUACGCCUCUCUCGUAUUAGAUUCAAUAGUAAGUUUCAAAUGCUUUAUGAAUUACCCUUAAAUAGCUCCGAUUCUUUUAUUUAUUAUUUUGAAAAGCUCCAUUUUGUUUGUUUUAAAUUCUUUCUACUUUAUAUAGAUUAAAAAUAUAUACAUUCUUUAUUUUUUUGAAUCUGUCUUUCGAUUACAAUGAGAUAAAGCUAUAUCGAAUACAUAAAAAU